AAAUAUGCUCACAACACAACACACAAAAUUCACAAUCCACCAUUCCUCUCCUUAAUUCCUAGCACCACACAAAAAGGACAAAAACCAAAAUGAAAGAAGCCAAUCAAACAGUACAAUAAAUGGACCCCCACCUUCAUCAUUAUAACCUACUUUCAUUAAUUAUAAUAAGUGUUUCGAAAAAUCUUUCUCCACCAUUUUGGGGGUUCUCUUAAAUUUUCUUAGUUCUCUAUCUCAACAUAUAAAAAGUUGACUCAAACUGCCUUGUUUGAUUUGUUUCCAUUUCCCACUGAAUUUUAUUACUACUACAUUCCUAAAAAAAUACUGUAUUUCCUUUUUCUUCACAACCUUUCCCUCCGUCCUUUUCCUUUACCUGAUUUUCUCUUUCUCAUAUCUCGAUGCUAGAUCUAACCCAACUCCCAAUUUGGUAACUUUUUCUUUCAAUUUUUACCACUGUAUCUUGUAGUAGUUUUCUUUUGUUGUUGUUGUUUGAAACUGAAACUGUUACCUUAAAAAUAUCUGUCUGUUGGAUUUAUUACUGUUCAUAGUUCAGACCCAUUUGUCUCAAAUCCACUGAAAAUUCAACACUUUACCUUCAACCCCACUUCAAAUCUGGAAAUUUUACUUUCUGGGUAUCGUUUAUAACUAAGUUAUGUGCCAUCACUAGCUCCAAAAAUCUACACUUUACUUUAGGGUUUCAACUUUUCAACCUUUUUGUGACUGAAAAGUACCCAAAAAAUUCCAGCCCCAAAUGGAUUUCUCUGGUGGCAACGUGGUCCAAGUAAUCACCGGAAGUGGUCCGGAAAAUUGGUCUGUCAACGACAACGCCAUGUGGGCUACAGAGGACGAUUACCGAGCUUGGAACAACAACAAUGGCGACGACACGCCAUCUAACUCGAAUUAUGACCAGAGACAAUCUCAAUCUCGCUCUGGAAGCGAACCCCCGAACAAAAAAUCCAAGAAUUCCCAGGAUGUUACCUCCUCCAACCGAUCCAAAGCCAUAGGAAAAAUGUUUUUCAAGACCAAACUCUGUUGCAAGUUCCGUGCAGGCACUUGCCCCUACGUUACUAACUGUAAUUUCGCUCACAGCAUCGAGGAGCUUCGUCGGCCGCCACCCAAUUGGCAGGAGAUUGUGGCGCAGCACGAGGAGGAGAAGGGGGUAUCGUCGGAGCCGAGGGAGGAGUAUCAGAUACCCUCAUUGGGCUCAGCCAAUUUUGUUGGGGACUCGCAGAGGUCGUAUAAGGGCCGGCAUUGCAAGAAGUUUUAUACUGAGGAGGGUUGUCCUUAUGGAGAUAAUUGCACAUUCCUUCAUGAUGAGCAAUCCAAGAAUCGGGAAAGUGUGGCGAUAAGCUUGGGACCGGGCGGGUAUGGUGGUGCAGCAACUAGUCCUGUGAGUGGACCCAAUGCCAAGCCCUCGAAUUGGAAAACUAGGAUUUGCAAUAAGUGGGAGUUGACAGGGUAUUGCCCCUUUGGAAGCAAAUGCCAUUUUGCUCAUGGUGCUGCAGGUUUGAGAGAAGCAUACACCGUAAUUCGGGGAGAAUUGCACCGGUAUGGUGGUGGGCUUGUAGAGGGGGAGACUAGAGAUUCUUCUUCUGCUCCUCCCGACUCAAAGCAGGGAGGAGUACCUUCAAAAACUCCGGCAGAUAGUGUGGUAGCUUCAGUUGCUUCAGUUCCUCAUUCUGAUGUCUAUCAUAUGGGAGUUCCAUCACAAAGGUCAUCUAUUGUAAUUCAGAGGCCAGGGCAGAGAACUCAUCAGAAAUGGAAAGGUCCUGACAAAAUCAGUAGGAUAUAUGGUGACUGGAUUGAUGACAUUGAAUAGGAAUUGUCUGCAAAUGAUGAAGAUGGACAGUAAGAAAUUGAUGUUAUGGAGUAAUUAAAUCUCCAUAGGGAGGGCAUGAUGGCAACAUGUAGCUUCAGCUUAUGGGUUAAAGAAGAUUAUCUUUGUUUGCUUCAAGUUUCUGUAGAUGCCUUGUCUUUUGGUUCAUUUUCAGGUUUAGGAAAUUUGAGGCUUGUAUUUCUUUUGUAGUUUUAUCUUUGUUACCUUAUACAAUUACUAGAUGACCCUUUUCAUCCAAAGAAAUGACAGUGAUCAUGUACCACUUUGUUAGAUUUACAAACUAAGUUCUUAACCUUAUUCUC